GUCGACAACCUCGUCCCGCUCAACCACAACACAACACCAGAGAACGACGAUUUCAACCUCAACCUCAACCUCCGUCGCUGUCGCUGUCGCUGUCGCUCUCUCCUGACAAGACCUUCCCUCCCAAUGUCCCUUGCACAGACAUGAAUCCCCUUGCGAGUUCGACGCUGUCUCGUACCCAUACCGGCUUUCCCUGCCUCUCGCCAGAUCCUCGUCAAAGGUCCAAGACACUGCCAGCAUAGGUUGAUUCGAGUCGGCACAGUACCCUGCCAUGGUACGACCCUGUUCCAAUGCGACGGCGGAUUCGGUUUAUCUCUACGCUCGUUCUACGCUCGUUCUAUAGUUGACCAGGUGCCACCCCGCGAGCCAAAAAUCUUCCCGCAGUCAUGCCAUUUUGCUUCAGCAGCAAUGACACCGAGCCGCACGACGAGUACGACGAGAUCCCCUUCGGCCUCAAAUGGCGCAUGCACUGGGGCAAGAAAGAGACGGAUCCAGCCACGGGCGAGACCAUCCUGCGGCUGAGCAACACCAGAAUCCUCAAGACGCACUGCCUCAACACCGAAUACCAGGCCCUGAAGCUGAUCGACCGACAUACCUCGGUCCCAUGCUACAAGGUGCUGGCCGUGUACAACAGGCCUGAGGGGAGACUGGUCGAAUACGAAGCGUAUCCGGGAAAGCCUCUGGAACAGGCGUGGCCGGGAAUGUCUGCCCACCAAAAGAACAAGGUCAUUGGGGACUUGGGUCGCUUUGUUGAGCAGCUGCGAAAGAUGCAACCUCCCAAGCACUGUGUCGUCGGAGAUGCCACUCUCGGCGCCGCACUUGACCAUCGAUUUGGGUCUGGCAGGGUCGGCCCGUUCUUUUCGAUCCAAGCGUUCCAAGAGUUCGAGAGAAGAGGUCACAAGCCAGACGACUUUCCCGAAAAAGAAGUCCAAAUCGUCCACGCACCGAUGAAGCCUUACGUCUUGAAGUUUACCCACGCCAAUCUCUGCCCCAAAAACAUCCUGGUCGACGAGGCUGGCCGGAUCGUGGCCCUGAUCGGCUGGGAGUCGUCUGGAUGGUACCCGGAAUACUGGGAGUACACCCAGAUGUGUCAUCUGACUCCAAAGACCAUGGGCGACUGGCGCGACGCCAUGUGCCAUGUCAUACCUCGGUACGACCAGGAGUUGAUAUGUGAGGAAGCCCUGCGUGCGCGAUAUUGUGGAUCGGUGUACGAUCUACCACGGAGUGUUCGGGUUCCGAGUCUGUCGCCGAGUGAGCUGCAUGCCGAGCAACAGGAAAUUAACGAUAAGAACACAGAAUCAACCAGCGGCUGAGACAGACGGAUUUGGCAGAUAUAUGCCGCUAGUACAUUAUUAUAUCCUCGAACUGAGAUGGCCAUGGCCGCCAGAAAUACAUUGCCAUACCUCUAGGCGCGUGCAAGUGCGCGCGGUGCAUCGACUCCAAGUCGUCGAGCGAUCUCAGGAACAAGCUGACGCCAAGUUGAUGGAUGUCAGUACUCUUUCGAGUAAGAUCUGGUAAGAGCGUGGCGGCCUUGCCCUUCCACGCCGUUGUUCGAUACUCGCGUUCCUCAGCACUGGACACACUGCCAGAUCGGAGGAAUGUAUUGCUCGCCCAUCACUGCCUGCCCAUCCACGGACCGCAGCGCAUACGAGUCAUGCAACCCUGGACAACAGACCUACGCGGAAGAUCACUUGCCGAGUACCAUCAAGUCUAUUCCGCCGGAAUAUACAAAUCGACCAGUCUAUGCAAGCUCAGUGGACUAGUUCUCGUCUCCGGACGCAUACCCCUUCGGAAAAGUUUGUCUACAAAUAUUACACGAAGAUGAUAUCCAGUACAUUUUCUCAGCAAGACGCCGAUUGUCCCGAAAACAAAAAUUUCGAAGUCCUGGAUCUCGGUGGCAUCAUCGGCCCGCCUAUUUUGGAUCCCAAGCUACAGUUAUCCGACACCAUUCGAGCAAGCUGCGACGCUGCGUAUGGCAGUGUCCCAUAUACAACCUAAACCUAGCGUUCGGAGUAUGGCGUUGUCAAGGCGGGCAUCAGAUCAUGCAAAUCCAAUGGACGGCGCAUCAACAGCCACACUUUUGUGAGCGUUUGCUCUGCACGAGUUUAUUUGAUUUAUUAUGUGAGGAUGGGUUCUUGAAAGGAGUACCAAUGAGUACUACAGUUUUGGUCUAACUACGUAGUACUACGGAUCAGACAAAAUGAAAUGAAGGGGUUAAUAGAUGUUGUUUGCGCGCGAGGAGUCAAGCCGGUUAAAGGCAAGCGUUGGGUGAGACCGGAUCUAUGGGGCGUACAAUCUACCUAGGUACAGUACUACAAGGUACGGAGUACUUACACAUAGUAGAACUGGAUUCUUUCUUGAAGGUCCAGCGGAGUCCGGACUGACUUCUAUUGCUAUCUGAAAGCGAAUAGACCACUGGAGUCGACAACGGUGUCUUUGAUUUUGUGUCAUUCUGACCUACACUUCGCG